UUUGCGCAUGCGUAUAUGACGGGAGUUACACCAUUUUGGAACUCGGGUCUACAGUAGUGUAGCUAGCUGGGUGUUAGCUUUCAACAGCGCGUUGUUACGUUAUUUUUUCCCGCUUUGAUAUUAAAUUUGGAUACACAGAAAUCUGUCCGGUGUUCGGGUCUGAAUCUGACUCUCUCUUCGUCUGAGAAAUGGACGGAGAAGAGGAGGACUUCAUGUCCGGGAGCCACUCCGAUGACGGCGGCGGCACUCCCGUUCAGGAUGAGCACCCGGCGUCAGACGGCGAGGAGGAGGCGAGGAGCACUGGACAUCAAUCUGAGGACGAGGGCAGCAACGGCGGCGCCGCCCCGCGCGCCACGGCGACCGGCGGCGACGCCAGCGGCUCCGACAGCGAGCGGCGCCGCGGCGGGGCCGACAGCGACUCGGAGGACGAGGCCCCCCGGCGCCGCGCCGCCGCGAGCGACAAAAGCGAUUCGGAGACGGAGGCUCCCCGGCGCGCCGACAGCGACUCCGACUCCUCUCCGGUGAAACGCAGGGCGAGCGCGUCCGACGACGAGGAGGAGGGGUCGUCGCCCGUCAAACACAGAGGGUCGGACGACGAGGACGGGCCGGCGUCGCCCGCCGCCAAACGCACGGGCAGCGGCUCGGACAUGGAGGAGGAGGAGGGGGAGCAGAAGCCCAGAGCGGCCGCCAACAGCGACUCGGAGAACGAGGACGCCAAGCCGGCGGCGGCGUCUCCCGGCCGCAGGUCCAACCCCGCCGACAGUGACUCUGAGACAGAGACGCCCGGCAGACGCAAGGCGGCGCAGAUAGACUCAGACGGCGAGGAGGAGGCGGAGAAACGGCCGGAGGAGGCAGAGGAAGGAGGAGGAGGAGGGGGGGGGAAGUGGAAGGCUGUGAUGCAGUCUGACAGCGAGGAGGAAGAGGAGGCGGGGAGGAAGAAGGCCGCGGCAGGAAGCGACGGAGAGCAACAGGAAGAGGAGAAGAAGCAGAAGGACGACAGCGAUGACGAAGACGAGAAGCCAGUGAAGAGGAAGAAGGCCAUCCUGUCAGACAGCGAGGACGAGGAGAACGCGGACAAACCAGCAGCGAAGAGGAGCCGAGCGGUGUCGGAUGACGGGAACUCGGACAGCGACGGCGGCGGCUCGCUCGGCCCCGACAAGAGCAUGGCGGCCAAGCUGAGAGAGCUGGGCUCGGACAGCGGCAGCGAGGACGACGAGCGCGCCAAGGCCGCCGGCGGCCAGAAGGACGAGAAGGCGCUGUUCGGCAGCGACAGCGAAUCGGGGGAAGGCGAGGAGGAGGAGAAAAUGAUCGCCGACAUCUUUGGAGAGUCCGGAGACGAGGAGGAAGAGGAGUUCACGGGUUUCAACCAGGAGGAUCUCGAGGGGGACAAGAAGGAGGAGAAGCAGGAGCAGCAGGAGGAGUCGGACUCGGACGAAGGAGUCGACCGCAGCGGCCAAGACACCAGCUUCAUGUCCGACUUUGACAUCAUGCUCGCCAAGAGGAAAGCCAUGAACAGCAGGAAACGGCGGCACCGCGACGGAGGGACGUUCAUCAGCGACGCCGAUGACGUGGUCAGCGCCAUGAUCAGCAAGAUGAACGAAGCCGCGGAGGAGGAUCGAACUCUCAACAGUCAGAAGAAACCAGCGCUGAAAAAGCUCACGCUGCUGCCACAAGUCGUCAUGCACCUGAAGAAACAGGAUCUGAAGGAGACGUUCAUCGACAGCGGCGUGAUGUCGGCCAUUAAAGAGUGGAUCAGUCCUCUUCCAGACAAAUCGCUGCCGGCGCUCAGAAUCCGAGAGGAGCUGCUCAGGAUCCUGCAGGAACUGCCCAGUGUGAGCCAGGAGACUCUGAAGCACAGCGGCAUCGGGCGCUCCGUCAUGUUUCUCUACAAACAUCCCAAAGAGUCUCGAUCCAACAAAGACCUCGCCCUUAAACUUAUCAAUGAGUGGUCGCGGCCGAUAUUCGGCUUGACGUCCAACUACAAGGGGAUGACGAGAGAGGAGCGCCAGCAGAGAGAUCUGGACCAGCAGAUGCCUCAGAGACAACGACUCAGUCAGCCUCAGAAAGUGGAGAGGGCGGAGGAACCUGACGUCUUCUCUCCACCAAUCAGUUCGGGUGGUCAGACGCCCCGGAGAGACCUGGAGAAACAGCUGACCGGGGAGGAAAAAGCUCUGCGACCCGGAGACCCCGGGUUCUGCGCCAGGGCCCGGGUGCCGAUGCCCUCCAACAAAGACUACGUCGUACGACCCAAAUGGAACGUAGAGAUGGAGUCCAACAGGAGCGGCUAUAAGAAAGGCAUCAGCAUGGUGGAGAAGCACAAGCGGCGCUUUGCCGAGCAGAGGAAACUGAGCCGCCUGCAGGGAGCUGUCAAGAUCAGCAUAGAGGGAAACCGAAUGCCCCUGUAGUUCCCACUGCCGGCCCGCAGAGGCGGGGCAGGGGCACACGGCCAGGUGAAGAAGGGAAUGUCCCGCGUUGAUAAACAGAUGCGUCGAAUCGCCGACAUCCGCCGCCUGACGAAGCCGGGACACGCUGUUAAAAUCAGCGUCGAGGGCAACCGGAUGCCCCUCUGAUUUUAACCUCCAUAGGAUUUAUUCACUUUAUUAUUAUUUUUUUUUUUCUUCUUUUUAAUGUGUUGUUUUCCUGAACAAUCCUCCCCUCCCUCAUCAGGUCCAGCUCUGCCUUACUGAAGCCUGAGGUCAAAUCUCUCUGACUUUGGGUCAGAAUGUGAACAUCUGCUGUAAACUCAUCUGGUCUUUGGGCUAAACAACUUGAAAUCUUAAUCCAAAAUGAUCCGCAGAAUAAAAGAUAGCUGGCUGCAAAACAUCAGUAGUAGUUAAUUUGAGCUCCGAACAUUUGAUGGUGCCGUCUCCCGAGUUAGGAAGUCGUUCUUCCAACUUGUUGGUGUUCAAGAUUAAGUCGUAAUGUGG